ACAGGGUUUUACCUGAACAUAAAAAUGAAAAACCAAAAAGAAUCAAGUUUCAUUGGCCUGCAGGUACACUGCUAUAACAACAGAUUUUUCAGAUUUAUUUGUGAGUCAUAAACAAAAAAAACAAAAAUUAGUUUUUUCCAUUUUUUCCACUUCAGAUUAUGGUUUUUUAAUAUUUAAAAAAAAUGUCGACUAUGUCGCCAAAAUAUUUGAAUCAAAUCAUCUAUUUCCUAUUACAUUUAAUCAUUCAAACAGCAUCUACACAGAAACAAACAUUAAAAUAUUGUACAAUCAAUAAUAAUGAAUUGAAUAAAUGUCGUGAUUGGUCACGUGCUGUCGAUGAUAAUUAUCGAUUUCAAUUCCGUCUAGAAUGUAUUGAAGCUGAUAAUAAAGAUCAUUGUAUGCAAUUGAUUGAAACACAGCGAGCACAUUUGGUUAGUGCUGAACCUGGUGAAAUUUAUAUUGCUGGACGAUAUCAUAGUUUAGUACCGAUUGUUUAUGAACAAUAUGGUCCAACAAAUCAAACCGGAUAUUAUGCCGUUGCUGUUGUCAAAGCUAAUUCCUAUACAUACAUUCAACAGCCAAAAGAUUUACGAAAUAAAAAUGCCUGUUUCAGUGGUGUUGGACAAUUGGCCGGUUGGAUAUUGCCCAUUAUAAAAUUAUUAGAAAUGGAUCUCAUCGAUACAAUUGAUUGUAAUAAUAUCAUACAAAAUGCUGCCAAUUUUUUCAAUGAAAGUUGUGCACCAAAUGCUUUAAUUGAUAAAAAUAAUCCAAUCGGUACGAAUCCACAGAAAAUUUGUUUACUUUGUGAAUCGAAAAAAUGUUCUGGAAAUGAUUUCUAUGCCAAUUUUGAAGGUGCCUUGAAUUGUCUCCGCAACAAAGGUGAUGUUGCAUUCGUAAAACAUACAGUGGUUGAUCAAUUAUCACGAAUUCAUCGUAUUCGUCGACAAGAUUAUCAGCUACUUUGUCCAAAUGGUGAUCGUACUUCAGUGGAAAAUUAUCUUAAUUGUAAUUGGGGCUAUGUACCACCACAUGCUAUUCUUGUAUCAUCGGUUAUAUUACCCGAAAUUAGGGAUAAAAUUCAACAAUUUCUAUUGGAUUCAUCAAGAAUUUUUUCAUUAAAUAAAAUGGAUCCAAUGUCAUUAUCAAGAACAACAACAUCAUCAUUCAAUUUAUUUGAUUCAUUCAAAUAUGGUGGAAUGGAUUUUAUUUUCUCUGAAGAAACCAUUUCAUUAGCACCUGUUGAUCGUUAUCGGCAAACAUUUCGUGGAUAUUUUAGCUUAUUCAAUCCAUUUGUUGAUAUUGAAAAUUUAUUUGAAAAGCUCAGAAAAUGUAAUGUACCGAAUGCAAAAUUAUGUGUCGUUUCCAAUAAAGAAUGGGAAAAAUGUAAUAAAAUGAAAUCUGCUUUUCGUACGAAUAUGUUACAACCACAAUUAUUGUGUGUUCAAGGAUCGAAUACAGUUGAUUGUAUGCAAAAAAUUCAACAAGGACAAGCCGAUCUAACCGUUUUGGAUGCUGCAGAUAUUUAUAUGGCCGGACAACAAUACAAUAUUGAACCAAUAAUGGCUGAACAAAAUAAUCUAAAUGACAGUUAUUAUGCAGUGGCUAUAGCCAAAAAAGCUGAUCUUGAUACUGAUCUAUUGUAUUUAAAGGGUCGAAAAUCUUGUCAUUCAGGAUAUCGUACAGCUGCCGGUUGGGUUAUACCGAUGGCAUUUUUAUUAUCAAAUUCACGUAUGCGUUCAUAUCGUUGUAAUGCUGUGAAAGCAGCAUCCCAAUUUUUCUCCAAAUCCUGUAUACCCGGUGUAUUAGCACCAGAAUAUCAUCAAUCCAGUAAAUCAUCAGUAUGGCAAUAUAAUAAUCUUUGCAAUCUUUGUCAUGGUAGUUCAUAUCGUUAUUGUCGUCGUGAUUCAUCGGAACCAUUUUUUGGUGAUAAUGGUGCAUUUCAAUGUCUGAUUGAAGGUGGUGGUGAUGUUGCAUUUGCAAAACAUACAGUCAUUUUUGAAAAUACAAAUGGUAUCAAUCCUGAAUAUUGGGCACGUAAUAAAUAUUUGGAUGAUUUUGAGCUAUUAUGUCGUGAUGGAUCAAGAGCCGAAGUACAAGAUUAUAGUGGCUGCAAUCUAGGACAAGUGGCCAACAAUGCAAUCGUAACGAAUAGAUUUAAACCAUUCUAUCAGAAAGAAGCCUAUAUUACAUUAUUUGUUUAUGCACAACAAUUUUAUGGAUCCAAAUAUUCAAAUGAAUUUACAUUCAAAAUGUUUGUAUCGGAACCAAAAUAUAAGAAUCUUAUAUUUCAAGAUUCAACUGUUAAACUCAAAUCGAUAAUGGAUAAUCGUCGUGAUUAUCGCCAAUAUUUGGGACAUGAAUUUAUGACUGCCAUGUCGAUUGUGGAUUGUCAAAGUAAAAAUCAUGCAAUCAUCAUCAUCAUCAAUUCAUCUAUUUAUCAUUUACACUUUUUAUUAUUAUUUAUCAGUAUUGUAUUUUCAUAUGAUCAUUAUCUCAAACUAAUUGAAUUAAUGAUCGAUCAUGCUCAAAUCUGUAAUUAACAAAUUCAAAUUUGCAAUUAUUUAAAAAACUGAAUUUUUCUCUUUUCACUCACUCAUUGUUUCCAUGACAACGGA